GGUGUGUCGCUGCUCGUUGUGGGCAUAGCAGUCAUUGUCAUCCUCGUCUUCGUGGUAGGGGUCUUGCUUUUGUCGUUAGUUGUCACGUUCGUUGCCAUUGGCCUUCUCUGCAGACGUCUGUAGUCAUCCUCCGUACGGGUGGGGCCAAAGGUGCCACCUUUCAUUGUUGAUUAGGCGGUGUGCUCCGGUGGCAGUUCGGUUAUGGAGUCCACACGUUGGACGGGUGACGUCGAAGUUGGUUCCGAUGGCAGUACUGACAUGCAUGACGGUCGUGUGCAUGCACGGCCCCAUUCUCGCGGGCAGGGGGUUCCGAGCAUGCAUUCCUUCGCCGCCGUGCGUCAAUCAACGCCGGCCGUGCAACGUCCGUACUUCCCCUCGCGUGCGCCUUUCCCAUUGUUGCCCUUCGAUAGAGGGUGUGGUAGACAGUCUCCCGAGAGGUUGCAUGCAGGCCUUCUGCGUGGUUGUCCACUGGCAGUGGACAUGCGGGGCGACGGCGGUUUCGUCGUUGAUGAUCACUCUUUCUCCGUCCAACAGCAGUGCCAUUUGUAUGCAGCGAGGGCAUGCGUAGAAGGGACGAGCAUGGGUGCAGGUUUUGGCAUGCCUGCGCCGGGCGCACAGAACAUGGACAUGGGUGGCACACCUUGGUCUCCCCUAUGCACCCAGAGCACGGUACGGUCGUUCAGCAUGCGGUGUUCUCCAUCUCCUCAGCUGGGCGUUCACACGGACGGCCCGUGGAAUCGGACGAACACGCGGCCGGUGUCUCCCGAGACUCGCAUGGAUUCACCGUACGACGAAGGCGCCACCGUUUCCGGAGGAGCCGAUGAAGACGAUCAUGCAGAGCACGGAAGUGUUGUUCCAGUGAUGGCAAGGUCGAUUGCCGAGCAGGGUGAUGCGCAGGGCCGGGGUGCGGCAGGCGGGGAGGGGAGCAGGUGGCCGGCGAAUGCUCGACCAUCGGCUCAAAAGAAGCAAAGCGUGCCAUGGACGUUGGACGAGCGAGUGAAGCUUGCAUUCCUUAUGGGCGAGGACGAUGGCCUUAUGGCGGAUGCUAACGGCCAACACCGAUUCAAGCAGAGGAAAGAGCGGUAUGCAUGGGUGAACGAUAGGAUGAAGGACGCUGGCUUCAAACACAGGACCACCGAAGACUGCCGCAGGAAGUGGUCCAACAUGCUGCAGAUGGCGAAGCUCAUCGUCGAAAAGUGUCACGCGUCUGGACAGUUGUCGUAUUGGGAUCUAUCUGUGGAGGAACGAAAGGAGAAGUAUCUCCCGCUUUCUUUUGAAAAACCGUUGCGGGACGCUAUGCAGUGGCAACUAAACCGACCGCCGAUGAGGUGUGACAACACGCUGGCUUCGGAGAACCUAUCGGGGGAUGGAACAGAUCCACCACCGGGGGGAGGAUCAGAUGAAAGAUGCGCGGAGGAGUUGGACAAUUCUACGAAAGUGAGGCGGACGGCCGCCGGGAAGGCGAGAGGGGAAGAUGGCAGUAGCGGUGGCACGAGUAUGGGGAGGGUCAUGGAAGAUUCUACACGCUCGUACUGUGAUGGCCUGGACAAAGCGGCCACCUCCCUUGCCAAAGCCACCGCAGACGCAGGCACCGCAAUCGCUGCUCGGAUAGGGGAUGUGGCCAACGCAAUGCGGGGUGGGAACAGUGUUCUCAAGUUGCUAGUGGGGGUUCUAGCCCGCAGGGGAGCAAAUGGAGGUCACUCCACCGAAGCGGGUCGGGAUACAGACCCUUCAUCUCGGGGGGUUAUGGUCUACGAGAUGAUCCACCAUCGGGACGGGUACCACACAAGGGACUUCGAGUUCGCGAUUGGCGUGACAUGUCACUCCGUCCGUUUCUAUGAAGUCGAUGUCGAUGGGGUCCCCGCUAUGAAGAUGGAGGUGGGGUUGGGAUUCUUCGGAAACAACCUGGGACAUGUGCUCAUCUUUGUCACGAAGGUCGGGGAUGUGAUCCCCAACGAGUGGGGCGGCCAUCCCAUUGAUCUGGCGGGGGAGGUCGUGCUUCUUUACAUCUCCACGCUUGCCGACCUGUACGCAGACCGCCUGGAUCCGCUCCCGUUUUGGAGUCUCGUGGACUGCCGCGCUGGCGGGGGAGAUGAUGAUGAUGUUGAUGAUGAUGAUGAUGAUGAUGAUGAUGAUGAUGAUGAUGAUGAUGUUGAUGAUGAUGGGGCCGCUGGUGACGUCGUGAUGCCUUAUGAUGGUGAUGUUGAUGAUGAUGAUGAUGAUGAUGAUGAUGAUGAUGAUGAUGGUGAUGGUGAUGGUGAUGGUGAUGGUGGUGAUGUUGGUGAUGGUGAUGAUGAUGGUGGUGAUGAUGACGUUGAUGGUGAUGAUGAUGACGAUGAUGAUGAUGGUGAUGAUGGUGAUGGUGAUGGUGAUGGUGAUGAUGAUGAUGAUGAUGAUGAUGAUGAUGAUGAUGAUGAUAUUGAUGAUGAUAAUGGCGAUGAUGUCCCCAACGAUGAUGAUGACGAUGAUGAUGGUAAUGAUGCCGCUCGCUCGGGUGAAUCGUCCCAACGGCAUAAGUAUCGACGAAAUUUAAAUUCAUUCCGUUAUGUAUAUAAACGAACUCGUAAAGGAGUCGGUGGUUUUUUGUAGCCCAUUUCGGAUUCAGGCUAUCGGUUGUUGUUGUUUUUUUUUUAAUGUUUUUUUGGGUUAUGUGCAUGUUUGUGUUUGUAGUCGUCGUCGCUAUUUUGUGUGUGUCGCCCUGAAACCAAUUGCUGGGCGACUUCUUUACCCGGACAGCGUCUUGCUAUUGUCUUCCGAUUUCAUGUUCACUUUGGGUGUGUUGAAGGCUUUUGUCACGAAUUUUACGUUCGGUUUGUUAUGGUCGUUCAAGAAAUGAUCGUCGUGUGUGCUCGUAUAACAUGUCCAGAUGUUAUUAGUGGAAACUUUUCUCCCACUUUUUGUAAAGAUAUGAGUUCAUAUCUUUACAUGCAUGGGUGAAUUUAUAUGUUCAUAUGUUCAUAUGCAUGGGUGGUAUAUCAUUUCCAUUUAUACAUUUUGCAACAUUAAUUGCUUGAAUUCAUAUGGUUUGUGUGCAUGGGUGAACAAAGAUUACAUUGUGAA